CCCAAAUUAGUAGCUUUAAAGAAUUAUAGCUUUUUACAUUUUUCUUAAAUCCAACUUUUUUUUUCUUCAACAUGGCAAAUAUAUUAUUGAUCAGCAACGCCAUCUUGAAGCACUGUUCUCCCUCUUCAACAUCAGCUAGUGAACAAUCUGUUAAUAUCCCUUCUCAUGAAAUAAUUCCACUUACAAUCUUUGAUGAAGUUACCCAUGAUGGUCACAUAGGUGUGUAUCUUGUAUUUAAACCACCUAUGCCAUCGAAUGAAGUCUUGAAAGAUGCACUCUCGAAAGUUCUUGUUCAUUACCCACACUUAGCUGGAAGGUUCGUAACUGAUAAUCUAGGCCGAACAUGUAUCGUUCUCAAUAACGCAGGGCUUCGCAUCGUUGAAACUUGCAUUCCCACCACAGUGGCCGAGCAACUCUUACUCGAUGCGUCAGUAGAUAAUAAUCAUCUUCUUCCAUCUGUUACCAAAGUUGAAGAGUUGUGUCAAGUUCAACUAAAUCGUUAUGCAUGUGGUGGUCUAGUUUUAGGCUUCACUGCUCAUCACCGUGUUGCCGAUGGCCAAUCCAUAUUAGGUUCUUUCUUUGUUUCAUGGUCUAGAAUGGUCCGUGGCCUCGACAUAAAAUUACUUCCUCAUCAUGAUCGACUUUCUCUUUCUCAGCCAAGAAACCCACCUAGAGUUGAAUUUGAUCAUGGGUCAAUUGAGUUCAGAAAGCCUACUACUAAUCUCGACACUACCAUGGAGUUUUCUUCAUCUUCAGUUGAAACUGUGAUUGUCAAUUACUCUGUUGAGUUCAUAAACAAGCUGAAAGUUAUGGUCAAUAGUACCCCAAGUGAAAGAUACAGUACUUUCGCGUGUUUACUUUCACAUGUAUGGAAGAAGGUAACUCAAGUUAGAGGACUUGGCUUAGAAGAGUCGAGCCAGGUGAGAAUAGCAGUGAAUGGAAGAACUAGAAUAUCUGAACCAUCCGUACCCAUGGAGUAUUUUGGUAACUUAGUACUCUGGGCUUAUCCAACAUUGAAGGUGAAGGAACUAAUUUACGAGAGUCAUGCAUAUAUCUCCCGAGUGAUCCGAGAUGAAGUUAGUCAUAUCAAUGAUAGGUACUUCAAAUCAUUUAUUGAUUUUGGAGCCACAAUAAAUCGAAGUGGUGACGAGCUACAAGAGUCGACACCUGAGUUUGGAGGCACGCUCUGUCCAAAUUUGGAAGUGGAUAGCUGGUUGGGGUUCCCGGUUCAUGAUAUUGAUUUCGGUACGGGAGGUCCUUGUGCAAUGGUUCAUCCCAGUACCCCAUUUGAAGGAUUAGUUGUUUUUAUACCUGCAGGUACUGAAGAUGGUGGGGUGGAUGUAAAGCUUACUCUUUUCGCGGAACAUGUUCCUCCCUUUAACAAGAUUGCUCACUCCAUCGAUGGCAAACUCACCCCGGCUGAGAUUGCAAUUUAACAAACGUUGUUUGGUCUUUAAGUUUUGUUUUCUUUGUUCAGUAGUAAUAUAUUCAAUAAUGUAGCCUUUUGGUGCUGCCUUCCGAUU